AUGGCAUCCCCUCCGAAACCCUGGGAAAGGAACGGCGCGGCGUCUGGCGCAUCGGCGCCCGCACCAGCAGCCUCCUCGGCCGCGACGCCAUCAUCAGACUCGAACACGACGACAACAUCAGGCUCAACCCCAGCCAUUCCCGCGAGGCCUGCCAGUCUGACCGCCUCCGUCAACCAAAAUGCCGCCAACUACAGCAGGCCGAUGGGCGCCAUGGGCGCCAUGGGCACCUCACCGUACGGCGUAGGAGGUGUGGGCUCGUACGGCAACACAUACGGCUCUUCAUAUGGCUCGGCAUAUUCUUCGCCCUAUUCUAGCCCCUAUUCUAGGUAUGGGGGUAUGGGCGGCUAUGGCAGUUCGAUGUACGGCGGUUAUGGCGGAUCAAUGUAUGGCGGUGGCAUGUACGGCGGCGGCGGCAUGUAUGGAGGAGGUAUGGGUGGCAUGCCGGGCGAUCCCAACAACCCGGAAAGCUUGACCAACCGCUUCAACAUGAGCACGAUGGCCACGUUUCAGAUGCUGGAAGGUAUCGUCGGCGCGUUCGGGGGCUUUGCGCAAAUGCUUGAGAGCACUUAUAUGGCGACACACUCGAGUUUCUUCGCCAUGGUCGCUGUCGCAGAGCAGUUUGGCAACCUUCGCCAGACGCUAGGCUCCAUCCUCGGCAUCUUCACCAUCAUGCGCUGGAUCAGGACCGUGUUCGCCAAGAUCACUGGCAAGCCUCUACCAGCGGACGCCACCAGCCUCACGCCAGCCUCGUUUGCGAUGUUCGAGGGACGCGGCAAGAGCGGUGCCGCUGCCGCCGCCGGUGGUGCUGCCGGUGCCAUGCCCAAGCCCAGCCGGAAGCCGCUCAUCUUCUUCGUUCUUGCCGCGUUCGGCCUGCCCUACGUGAUGAGCAGGGUGAUCAAGUCGCUAGCCUCCAACGCUGAGGAAGAGGAGAAGAAGCGCCAGCUCGUGGUCGCCCAGCAACAACCAUCGACCGCCAAGCUCGAGUUCUGCCGCGUCCUGUACGACUUCUCGCCCGCCACGCAAGGAAAUGGCGAGAUCGUCCCGGGUGUCGACCUUGAAGUUCACAAGGGCGAUCUAGUCGCCAUUCUCAGCAAGAGCGACCCUCUCGGCCAGCCGAGCGAGUGGUGGAAGUGCCGUGCCCGCGACGGGAGGAUUGGCUAUCUACCGCAAACCUUCCUCGAGGUGCUUAAAAAGCCGGGACACCCCGUUGCAGCUAUUACCGGAGCCCCGUCCAUCAGCAUCGACGGCGACACUAGGGCCAAUUCCCUGAGCAGCAUCCUCAGCGACGCGGACAAGAAAGAGUUGGUUCCGGCCCUACCGGCGGCCAAGGCCAGCGAUAUCAGUGUGGAGAGUUUCCAGAAGUCGCAGUUCUUUUCUUAG